UGGAACCAAACUGCAAAGGAAUGGUGUGGUCAGCACCAGGCAGAGCAGAGCACAGAGGUGCUGCACAGGGUAUCUGGGAUGCAAAAUAAUGGCAAAAAGGCUUUUGUCUCCGGUUUAGCAACAGCUUUUGGCCCAUGGAAGGUGUGUGUCAGUUUGUCUGUACUCCCCAUGGCUUCUGAUGAUGAUUUGAUGGAUUUCCUGGAGAAUUUUGCUGGGAUUUUUGUUGUUGUUGAUCUCUAAUGCUUUGCAAUAAAGAAAAUUCAGUAACAUUUGUCUGUGCCUUUACCCCAGCACUCAAAAAUUGUUGACAAAGAGAUGACCAGGUUUUAACUGGCAGAGAGGAAAAUGUGACAUAUUACCCAGCCCAAAUCUUGUCCCUGAAGAGGUUCCUUGAUAGACAUUUGUGAGAGGGAAGCUUCUCUGUAAGGGAUCCUGGAUGAGGGAAAGCAAACUGGAGAUUUCAGCCCCCAGAGUUUCACUUCCACACAAAGCAGCCAAGUGCAAAGCCAUACUGACUCCAGAAGGACAACUGGAGUCUCACAUUCCAAAAAAAACAGGAAGAAAGGAGACCAAAAUUCAAAAAGCCUCAGUGAAGUCUCCAAAUGCGUGGGCUGAGUUUGAGUGGCUCUUCCACUGGUGGGGACAGACAGUGGGAAGAGUGGAGAAAACAUCUGGGGACCAGCUGGGAAUUUGAAUAUCACAUUUGCAUGUGUCCAAGACCAUGAGUGCUGGAACAGAGGGAUUUAAAUGCAGCUUUCCUUGGAACAAGAGAUGACCAGGGGACUGCCAGGUCUCACCAAUGCUCCUCCUCAGGAGCUGCUGCAAUUCCUGUGUGUUCCUGAAGCAGAUCUUCAGCAGGACUUGAGCUCAGCACAACACUGCAAAUCCUUGCUGUCCUCUGGGCUGAUCCCAAAGUCAGGACAGAUUCUCAAGAGCUGAUCUGAAUUUCUGUGUGACCACAAGAGCACAGGCAGUGGACACUCCAAAGAUGGAUGUUGGACUGUGAUUGCCUGUGGGUGUUACAGGGUCUGGAGUUGAGUAAACCAAGCCAGGCAAACAGGAAUCACACCUUAUCCUGAGCCUGCACACGUUUCUAGAUCUGACCCAGACCAAGAAUGCAGACACAUUCAUGAGAUUCUUUUCUUUUAUCAAUUUUUGCUGCAUUUUUACAGAUUUUUUUCACAGAAGGAAGGAGCAGCCCUUAUUAGAUUUUUAAAAUGUGAUAUGUAGUCAAAAUUAUAUGUCCUGCUUGGAGCACAAAGAAGCCCUUGGCUGCUGGAAAAUUUGGACUCAAAACUGCCCCAGAAAAAGUGGAAUAUGCCAAAGGGCCUGGCAGAGACCUGCAAAGGCAGCAGACAGCUGGGAGGGCACAGCUGGGAGGGCACAGCUGGGAGGGCACAGCUGGGAGGGCACAGCUGGGAGGGCACAGCUGGGAGGGCACCACUCAGUUCAAGACACACUAGAAAUUCUACUCCUUCCAUGAGGUUUGAAUGAGUAACCAAACACAAUUAAAUUCACAUAGCACUGGCAUAAAUCCUCACAUCAAAGGGGAGAGUGAGUCUCUUUUGCCCUGUAUUUAAUAGAAUAAAUAUGGUUAUUGCCUGUGCAGUAACUUCAGGAGGCUCCUGUGCAGAACUCCAGCCCUGCAGCAGUGGGUGUUGUCUGAAUGAUUAAACAGACCUGUUACAUAUUUUAGAGGACUCCUAUCUUCACCCAGGAUUGACUGUGCAGCUCCUGCUCCUGUUUCACAAGAUUACAGGGGCUGCCACCCCUGUCUGCAGCUCUGACAGCAUCAGACAAACAUUAAAACCCCUGAAACUCAGAGCACUGGGAGAUGAGUGAGCACAGUGAUCCCUGCUCUAAAGAUGAGGAAAUAAAGUGAAGAGAAGCAGCAAAACUACCACCACCAACAGCCCUUUUGAGCCAGGGCUGUGAAACACUGCUCCCAGCCACUUCUCCUCUAAUGACUGCAGCAGGACACAGACAUCUGGGAGCCCAGCUUCCCCCAAUGGCAGCCCCAUGGGCACUGAGAUUUCCUGAAAAGUUUAAUCACCAGUUUAAUGUUUUUUGAAAGUUUUAAGUGCCACAAAAGGAAGGAUCAAAUUGGAAUCCACAGGCCCGGAAAACUGAUGGAUUACCCAGAUGGAUUACCCUUCCUCCAUCCCACAGCUCCUUCCUUUCCCUGGGAUGGGUCAACACCAACUCGAGUGGCCCUUUGGGGACAGAGGAGUGGCAGGAGUGUGGCAGCUCCAGUGUAAGUGGGUGGACAGACACCUGGACACACCUACCAUGUGCUGGAGGUGCUGAGCAGAGGCACCCACGUCCCCAUGGCAUCCCAGCACUCCCCAGCCCUUUGGGCCACAUGCAGGCAGCAGGAAAGGGAUUCAAGGACAGCAGCAGGUUGUCCUUGCUCUGCCUGGGAGGAGGGCACUGCCACAUCAGUGAUCUCCUCACUCCCAGUGGGAGCAAAUUAAGCGCUUUGCCAAUGGCUUCACUCUCAGUGCUCACCUGGGGGCUGUUCCUGCUCCCUGGAGUCACACUCCAGGCAGGGAGAAGUUGGGUUUCCCUCAGAAGACAGCCUGAGAAGCAGCUCCCAUCCCACGCUUCUCCAAAGAUUUCCAGAGGCCAAACACAAAAUGCAAAGUCAGAGCAAAACAUGUACAUUUGAGAGCGUUCAAGCUGGGGUUUCUCAGCCAACCCUUGUUAGAGCUGCUAAUAUAAGAUCUAUUUUUACUGCAAAAUCCAGCUUCCACAUGGAUUUGCUCUUAAGCUAAGCCCUCACCCCUCUCGAAAGCCUGUCCCUGAGCAGGGCCCUGCUUUGCCCACCAGCUGCCCCACUGUGGGGAGGCACAGUCAGAGCUCACCAAGCUGUCCAGGUGCUACCACGGCCACCCUGGGCAGCUGGAGCCAAACUGGGCUCCCACUGCAGGAGGACAAGACCUCAGACACAAGAUGCACCUCCAGGCACCCAGACUGCAGAGUGCAGAAGGUUGGGAGCACAGAAGCAGUGAUAUGAGCAUCCAGGGAAAGAGGCAGAGGAGGGAAGAGCACUCAGAGCAGCGCUGCAGGAUGGAUGUGCCAGGGCCAGCUGCUGUGCCAGGUGCUGGUUUCUCCCUGGAGCUGGGAUGCAUCACCUGCCCACUGUGGGUGCCCAGUGCGAGCCAGUGAAGCGGGCAAUGGGCCUGGCAGGCAUCUCACACUCCUGUGUCCUGCAGGAGACACCUGCCACAGGUGAGUGCUCCUCACUCCCCCUGGCACUAACACUGCAGGCCACAGAGACAAAGCAGGAAUCUGGGAGAAAAAGCAAUCUCAGUGUGUGCACCACGUUCAGCUGCUCACAAAACCAUCCAGAGCUCAGCUUCAGCAUUUCCCAGCCCAUCCAAACGCUGCUCUGUUUCAAGGUGCUGGGUUGAUCUCGCUCGGUGUUUGAGUAUCAGCGGAAAGGGAAACACCCAACCCCCAAACAACUCAGGUAAUAUUUUGUUACUGCCAACCUGAAAUGUCUCAGAUGCUGUGGUGUGUGAUCCCACUGCACAGAUUCAUCUCUUAGCACGCCAUCCAACCCAAAUAAACUUCGGCUUCGCUUUGGAACUGAUCUCCAGAUCCAGGGGCUCUGCUGUUUCCUGGGCAGCCCACCCUCCCGCAGGAAUUUGACCCUCCCGCAGGAUUUUAACCCUCCCUGGCCCUCUCUCCUUCCCCGGCCGUGCUGGCUGUGCUCGGGCAGCGUCAGGAAUUUCGGAAUUUCGGAAUUUGGGAAUUCUCCCUCUCCCGUGCGGUGACGGGGGGAUGCUUUGCCUUUCAGCGCUCCUGCGAUGGAACCACCCGAGCCUGUCUCAUCCCCAGCGCAGGGCAGGGGCUGCGGCUGGGCAGGGCACGGUUAUCAAACCCUGCUUCUUUAAACAAGCUCUCCGCCGGCUGCAGUCAAAGCCACGCUAUGCCUAACGUCACCGGGGAGCAAAAAUAGCCGGCACGAGUGGAGGGAGGGGAAUGUGAGUACUGAGAGCGCCCAGAUUUCAAACAUACUUGGCUUGGCAGCACGCUCCCUCCCUGCCCCUGCGCUCCAGAUGCGACCGAGCACCGGGACCUCACUCUCUGCCCGUGAAGAAGGAUUCUCUCCUUUCUAUUUUUCCCCCUCUUUUUCUGGUUUUCUUUCUUUAAGUUUCAGCUUUGAUCUACUACUAGCUAGAUUUUUUUUUUUUUUUUUAAUUUUCUUUCUUGUAGGAAACUUCAUCUGCCGGAUUUAAGAGCAAGUGGAGCAUGCAGAUGGUCCCUGGAUGAGACACUCUAAGAAAUGGUUCAGCAUCUCCCAGCAGCCGCGUUUGUCGGAGCAGAAAGAGCCCCCUCAGAGCCCUGUGGCGUGAGCAAAGCUUCUGGCAUUUAAACCCAGGAGGAUGUCCCUGGCUGACGAGCUGGAGAGCCACUUCUCUGCCACCCCCUACACGGUGACAGACCUGGGUGAGGAUAAUGCAUUCAGGAUCAGGCCCAACGUCUCGGCCAAUGCCACCGGGGACGGCGCGUGGGCAGCCAGUGCCACGGAGGACAUGAUUGCCAUCUGCACCAUCGGGGCCAUCCUGUCGCUCAUGUGCGUGGUUGGGGUGACAGGCAACGUCUACACCCUGCUGGUGAUGUGCCACUACCUGCGAUCCUCUGCCUCCAUGUACAUCUACAUCAUCAACCUGGCCCUGGCCGACCUGCUCUACCUCCUCACCAUCCCCUUCAUCGUUGGCACCUACUUCAUUCAGAAGUGGUACUUUGGGGACGUUGGCUGCCGCAUCCUGUUCAGCCUGGACUUCCUCACCAUGCACGCCAGCAUCUUCACCCUCACAGUCAUGAGCACGGAGCGUUACUUCGCCGUGCUGAAGCCCCUGGACACGGUGAAGAGGUCCAAGAGCUACCGCAAGGCCAUCGCUGUGGCCAUCUGGCUGGUGUCCCUGCUGCUCACCCUGCCCAUGCUCAUCAUGAUCCAGCUGGUGCAAAGGGACAACAAAAGCAUCUGCCUGCCCACCUGGAGCAAGCUGUCCUACAAAGUCUAUCUCACCAUCCUCUUUGGCACCAGCAUCGUGGGCCCGGGGGUGGUCAUUGGCUACCUUUACAUCCGCCUGGCCAGGAUUUACUGGGUGUCACAGACUGCCUCCUUCAAGCAGACCAAGAGGCUGCCCAACCAGAAGGUACUCUAUUUAAUCUUCACCAUAGUGCUGGUCUUCUGGGCUUGCUUCUUGCCUUUCUGGAUAUGGCAGCUCCUCUUCCAGUAUUAUGAGUCCUUCCCUUUAUCUCCCAAGGUGAUGAAGAACAUUAAUUACCUGACAACCUGCCUGACCUACAGCAACAGCUGCAUCAACCCCUUCCUCUACACCCUGCUCACCAAAAAUUACCGGGAGUACCUGAAGAACAGGCAGCGGUCCCUCAGCAGCAGCAGCGGGUACUUCCAGAGGAGGAAUCGUUUCCAGAGGAUUUCAGGGAGAUCCCUGUCCACGAGCAGCCAGCACUGCACAGAGACUUACGUCCUUGCUCACGCCCCCCUGGGAAACAGCAGUGCCUGAAGGUAAAAUAUAUCUCCAAGAACAAUCAAUAUUGACUUCAGCGUUGCUUUGAUUUAAAGUGUCCAUUGUGCAGGAGCAGCCUUGGCAGGCCCAGAAUGUGCUCACACAUUUAGUCCAGAGGCUGUGCUGUGUGUCUCUUCCCAUUUCUCCAGUGCCACUGAUUUGAUGCUAGCAGCACUCAGCUGAACAUCUAUCUAAAUAGCCUUUCACUUUUUAUCUUUAUAUUUUAUAGCAUAUGUCUCCUCAAGUAGCCAUCAAUAAUGAAAGCCCAUGACAGGGCCGUGAUUUUUAAUAGUAUCAGCUGUCUCACAACCUUUAAAAUUAUGUUACCCCAUGAAUGGCUGUAGUUUGCUCUUUUUUUCUUUAAUAGUAGUGCUAAAUUUGUAGUUGUAUGAGGACUGAAGGCAACAAAAUAAAGAAAAAGCAGCUGAUGUUUGUGACAUGCCAUACAGUUUGCAUUUGGGAUAGGACAAUGUGGGUGAGGCAUAUCCAGGGUAGCUUGUCCUGAUUUGGGUCAUAUUCACAUUUAUUCUGCGCUCCUGUGUAUGCACUGGGCUGGAUUCUCCACUCACACUGACCACAAACACCCACGUGGAGCAGCAUCAUCUGUCCUGGGCAAGAAUAUCCACCCUCUGCCCUCCUCCAAGGAGGAAUUGGGAACCUCUGAUGUUGCUGUCCUCAGGACAUCCACUGGCAAGCUGCAACAUCCAGCCUGAAGCACCAGAUCUCCACCACCAGGUCCAGGAGGAAAGGACAGAGGGACAGGAGGGGUUUGAGGAGAUGUGAUUAUCCCCAGGCAAAACAAUGUUCUCUGAAGUGCUUAAUACUCCCAAUUAUAAAAGUGCUGGUUCUUGGUUAGGGAGAAAAUUUGUUCCCUUCAUCAAAAGUGAUUUUUUGCCUUUCUGCUACAAAAACAUAGUCCUGCCUACACCAAGAAUUCAUUGCCUGCCCUGACUUUCACCAAUGCUAGGGCAUCAUUUGUAUAAAUAUAUAAUCUGUGAUGUCUGGCACUUCCCCAGUGAGUCUGAAAGUCCCUUCCAUGGGCUGCUGCCAACAUCCCUACAGGAGUGAUCUGCGUGCAGCAGCCCUGCUUAUCCUUAGCACGGAUAUGAGGAUGCAAUGCCAACACAACCAAGGCACAGAAUUAGAACCAAAUGAAUGUUGAGCAGCAAACUCAGAACUGCAGUGUGAAAUCCCUCUGGCAGUGAGCUCUGUUUGCUCAGACUGAGCCUGAACUCGGGAUUUAACCAUCUAUUCCCCUUCAAGGGGUUUAAAUGGUCACUGCUCGUGGGGACAGGGCAAGCUCUGCAUGCAGCCUCCCUUGGGGAUACACUUGGACAAGUCGUUGUCUCUUCCACUCAUGGGCUUGAAGUUUGUUAUGAAUGGGGGAAGGUUCAUACCAGGAGAGAGGGCUCUGGUGCCUGCAGUUCUGCUGGUGAACUGCUGCAGGAACUGGUGGGGUCUUGCUGUGUUCCCAGCCCCUCCACACCCCCCAGCAGCAGUGGUCCUGGGGCAGGCUGCUUUCCCUGCACCCUGCGUGCAGCACAGCAAGUCCCACUCCAGGAUCAGCCCCUUCCUGAUUCCAGAAGAGCAGGAAUACCAUGUAUUUGGCCAUUUCCUCUGCUGGCAGUAGUUGUGAGCUUCCAGACCCUCUCAGCUUGGAGACAUUAGUGAAAGCUCAUCAGAGAGAGAAAAGCACCUUCAGCCCUCUGUGAGGGGAGCCCGUGGAUGAAGAGGUUUGUUAUGGAAUCAUGAAGAUUGGAAGAGACCUUCAAGAACAAGUCCUGCCAUCACCCCAGCACCCCCUCGUUCACCACGUGUUCCCCAGUGCCACACACACACAUUUGGAACACUUCCAAGGAUCCAAGGGUGGUGGUUCCACACCUCCUGGGGCAGCCUGUUCCAAUGCCUGACCACCCCUUCAUGGAGGAAUGUUUCCUAAUAUCCAAUCUAAUUUCCUGACCUCAUUUUCCACUUACGUAGUCAGGUGCUUUUCAUGAGUCAGAAUGUAAAGUUUAACCUCCUUUUUUUUUUUUUUUUUUUUUUUCCUUUCAAAUGGCAGUUUUAGCUUCUCCUUGCUCAGGAAGAACCUGACAAGCUCAGGAUGAGCAGUUCCCAUGGUUGUGAAGGAAAGCCACUGCAGCCUGAGCCUUUAGAAAGCACUGUCCAUCUUGCCUAAAAUCAGACAGCCAAAGUGACAGGGGGUUUGCAAAUCUCAGCUCAUCCAGGUGUCACACACCCAUGCAGACAGUGCAGAAGCUACUGAAAGAUAUUGGAGCAGAUCUGCCUUCAAUUAUUCAGUCUGACCCCCUCACCCUCAACAGCUCUGCUCUGAUUCUCUUCUCCAAACCCUCCCCAAGCAAUCCAUCUCACAGAAAAGCAUUGCAAAACUCCUUUCAUGGCUCUGUCAGUGCAGGGAGAACCCUGAAAGCAGCAGUGUUGAAGGCACAAGGCCGUGCCAGACGUCCAGGGAAAGGAGCUGGCAUUCCCUGUUUUCCUGGAAGGACACACAGCCUCAGCCCUGGGCUGCACAGUUUCCCUUCUCCUUGAAGCUUGUGCUGUCUCAGCAGGGGUUUGUGCUGUGUUUGUCAAAUCAGCACAACAAAGCCAAGAGAAAAGACAGCCCCGGGUCAGGGCCUGGCUGUGGGAGAUGCUUCUGUCAGUGCUGGGUCAUCUCUGAAUGAUGAAAUGUUUCAUUCAAGCCUUUCCCUUCCCACCCCAGGCUUUAGUUGGUUUUUGCUCCUUCAAACACUCACAUUCUUCAGCACUCAGCUCAUGCAGCAGUAAGGGAAGAUUAUUCCAAGCCUGCAGGUACAAGCAAGGCUCUGAGCAUUUCCCAAGCAGCUGAGUCCCAGCCCUGCAUCCCAAACUGGCUUCACAGGGCACCAGCCAUGCUCAGGUAACCCCAGGGACUGUUCUCUGCCUGAAAUCAAAGAGCAGCUCAGCCCCAGGAGCCUGCUGAAUAUUAACAGGGGAGCAGGAGCAGCAGUGAGAGCCAAGGAAGGAACUGCCUCCUCCAAGACACAGAUUAAUUGUGUGUUUAAUGAUAGCUACAAAAUUACUGUGCCCUAUUUAUUCCUCCUUGCACAAACCUAUCAUCAGUCAAAGACCCAAGAGCAGUCCUUUGCAUAAAUAAAAUCUGAAAUUGGUGUGAAAGAGAAGUGUGUAUA